AUGUACCGAUUAGCGUCGGCGAUUCCGGGACCGGAUGAAGAGUUACCCAUGAUGGGGAUAGCGCAUACUCUGACUGGAAGCACUGAAGAUAUAAUGACAACACUACAAAAAUACAGCUAUUUUGCGAUGAAGAAUGAUGGCAUUAUGCGCGGAUGGCUCGGACAUAUCCUUUACUUUCUUGUUGUAGAUCCAUUGGACCUGGAAAUGGUGUUAAAAACUUGUUUGGAGAAGGAUGAUCUGCAUCGUUUCAUGAGAAAAAUUAUCGGAUAUGGUGGAAUUUUUGCACCAGUGGCAAUCUGGAGGAAACGGCGUAAGACAUUAAUUCCAGCUUUUAGUCCAAAAAUAGUCGAAAGUUUCGUGGAAGUAUUUUCAGAACAAAGCGAAAAGCUAGCGUUACAAUUAAAGGAGGUUGAAGGCUGUGGCCAAGUCAGCGUUUGGCGCUUCCUCAGCACUUACACGCUGGACGCUGUGUGUGAGACGGUAAUGGGAAUAAAAAUAAAUGCACAAGAAAACCCAAAUGCGCCAUUUUUAAAAGCGAUGCAAAAUAUCCUCAAUUUAGUGACUGAAAGAGUUUUUCACUUGUGGUUACAACCUGAUUGGCUGUACAAAUUCUUUCCCCAAUACUCAAAGCACCAGAAAUAUCGAAAGGUGAUGCAUGAUUUUACGGAUGAGGUUAUACAUAAUAAGAGAGAAGAAUUGAAAAAGGAAAGGAAUUAUCAAACAGGAGUGGAUGAUAAUUAUGACCUGAGAAACUACAAGAGACAAUCGUUUCUUGAUCUUUUGAUAAAACUCUCUGGUGGUGAGAAAGGAUACAGCGAUGAAGAGUUGAGAGAAGAAAUUCUGACCUUAUCUAUAGCAGGCACAGACACCUCUGCUGUGGCAAUUGGUUACACUUUAAAAUUGUUAGCAAAGUAUCCAAAGGUACAAGACAGAGUUUUUCAAGAGAUACAAGAAUUAUUUGGUGACUCUGAUCGACCAUUGGUUAAAGAAGACUUAAUACAUUUAAAUUAUCUUGAAAGGGUGGUAAAAGAAUCACUAAGAUUAUUUCCUCCAGUUCCAUUCAUUAUAAGGAAAGUUUUGGAGGAUAUUGAUUUACCGUCAGGUCGCGUCCUUCCAGCUGGCUCUGGUAUAGUAGUCAGCAUUUGGGGUGUUCAUCGAGAUCCGAAAUAUUGGGGUCCAGAUGCUGAAUGCUUUGACCCUGACAGGUUCCUGCCCGAGAGGUUAAAUUUGCAACACGCGUGUAGCUAUAUACCUUUUAGUAAUGGACCCAGAAACUGUGUUGGUUACCAAUACGCCUUGAUGUCAGUGAAGACAGCUUUAGCUGCGAUUGUCAGACGAUACAAGAUUGUGGGAGACGAAGAGCCCGGCCUUGUCCCUUUCAUUAAAACGAAGAUAGACGUCAUGAUGAAAGCAGUCGAUGAUUACGAAAUAGGUCUAGAAAAAAGAACCCUUCCAUAA